GAGGAGAAUAUUUUUGACGUGUACUACAUAGUUGAGUAUAUAAGUACAGUGAGUUUAGUGAGAGAGAGAGAGAAGAGAGAGAGAGAGAGAGAGAGGCGCAUGGGUGCAGACUAUUAUAAAAUCCUUCAGGUGGAUCGGGACUCCAGCGACGAUGACUUGAAGAAAGCCUAUCGAAAGCUCGCCAUGAAAUGGCACCCCGACAAGAACCCUAACAACAAGAAAGGCUCCGAAGCCAAAUUCAAACAAAUCUCCGAAGCCUACGACGUUUUGAGUGACCCACAAAAGAGAGCAAUCUAUGAUCAGUACGGAGAAGAAGGACUGAAAGGACAGGCGCCGCCUCCGCCUGACGCCGGCGGCGGCGGCGGAGGCCCGACGUCGUUCCGGUUCAAUCCGCGAAGCGCGGACGAUAUAUUCUCGGAGUUUUUCGGGUUCUCGAGCCCGUUUGGAGGAGGGAUGGGGGACAUGGGGGGAGGAUCGCGUACCGGCGCGUCGUCGGGGUUUCCUAGGAGUAUGUUAGCAGAGGAAAUAUUUGCCAAUUUUAGGGGUGGUGGAGGUGGAGUUGGAGGUGUUGGUGAUGGGUUUGGUCACAAUGUGCCGCGGAAGGCGGCCGCGAUAGAGAGGACGUUGCCUUGUAGUUUGGAGGAUUUGUCUAGGGGGACUAGUAAGAAGAUGAAGAUUUCUAGAGAAGUCACUGAUAACAUUGGGAGACCCACCACAGUGGAGGAAAUUCUUACAAUCGACAUAAAGCCAGGUUGGAAAAAAGGAACAAAAAUAACUUUUCCAGAGAAAGGAAACGAACAAAGAGGUGUUAUACCCUCGGACCUUGUCUUCAUCAUUGAUGAGAAGCCUCACAGUGUCUUUAAAAGGGACGGCAACGAUCUAGUAACCACCCAGAAGAUCUCCCUUGCGGAAGCUCUGACAGGAUACACUGCACAGAUCACAACCCUUGAUGGCCAAAAUCUGACGCUUCCUAUCAAUGCCAUCAUCAGUCCCACCUACGAAGAAGUUGUAAAAGGGGAGGGCAUGCCGAUACCCAAAGAACCAUCGAAAAAAGGGAACUUGAGGAUUAAGUUCAACAUCAAGUUCCCCAGCAGGCUAACUUCAGAUCAGAAAUCUGGCAUUAAGAGAUUGUUGACUUCCUGAUGAACAUUAACGGUAGUACCUUGUACUGUUCUUGAUCUAAGCUUACAUUUUUUUUCCUUGUCUUUAUGAUGGAAAUGAAACUAAUCCAUUAUUGCUGAAUUGUUUUUUAACUGAGCCAGGUAUUUAUGAGUAUCGUAUCUGUUUUACAUGUUAUUUUAUCGAGAAAUGUUACAUCCUUUGUGGUUC